AUGAGUCAGCCACCGAUGGGGGGCGCUGCCCCUGCCACAGCCACAGCUUCUGCGGCCGCCUCUGCCACUGAGGCUCGACUGCACCCAGAGGGCAGCAGCAGAAAACAGCAGCGUGCUCAAUCACCUGCCAGACUAAGGGACAAUUCGGUCCGACAGACGACCGCGACCACCCGGUCCCCCGUGGGGGCCGGCACUAAAUUGAACUCUGUUCGGCAGCAGCAGCUGCAGCAGCAGCAGGGCAGCAAGACUGGGAGCCGCUCAGUGCCGCCGACCAGCGCCCGAGGAGGCGGAGGCGGCGCGGAGAAGGCUGCGCCCCUGGCGCCCAAAGGGGCCGCGCCGGGAGCUGUCCAUCUCGCGGCUGGUGCUGAAGCGGCCCCCGCGGCGACCCUGGCCCCGGUGGGCGGCAAGAGGCCUGGCCCGUCGGAAGAGCCAUCCCGGGAGCUAGAGCCAGUGUCCGCCAAACUCGGGGAACCCCCUCCGCUCGGGGAAGGAGGAGGAGGGGGUGGGGAAGGAGGAGGAGCCGGCGGCGGCUCCGGGGAAAGGGAGGGGGGCGCUCCGCAGCCGCCGCCGCCGCCCAGGGGCUGGCGAGGGAAAGGCGUACGCGCUCAGCAGAGGGGCGGCAGCGGCGGGGAGGGGGCCUCCCCUUCACCAUCCUCCUCUGCGGGCAAAACCCCAGGCCCCGGCAGCAGAAACUCCGGAAGCGGUGUUGUGGGGGGCGGCAGCGGUGGCGGUGGGAGCUACUGGAAGGAAGGAUGUCUGCAGUCUGAGCUCAUCCAGUUCCACCUCAAGAAGGAGCGGGCGGCAGCGGCGGCAGCCGCGGCUCAGAUGCACACUAAGAACGGCGGCAGCAGCAGCCGCAGCUCCCCGGUCGCUGGCGCCCCUGCCAUUUGCGAGCCUCUUGCAGUCCCUUCCGUCUCCCCAAUGGCGGCGGCAGCGGAGGGCCCCCAGCAGAGCGCCGAGGGCAGCGCGAGUGGAGGGAGCAUGCAGGCGGCGGCGCCUCCUUCGUCGCAGCCGCACCCGCAGCAGCUCCAGGAGCAGGAAGAAAUGCAGGAGGAGAUGGAGAAGCUGAGAGAGGAAAACGAGACUCUCAAGAACGAGAUUGAUGAGCUGAGGACCGAAAUGGACGAGAUGAGGGACACUUUCUUCGAGGAGGAUGCCUGUCAACUGCAGGAAAUGCGCCACGAGUUGGAGAGAGCCAACAAAAACUGCCGGAUCCUGCAGUACCGCCUCCGCAAAGCCGAGCGCAAAAGGCUCCGCUACGCACAGACUGGGGAAAUCGACGGGGAGCUGUUGCGCAGCCUGGAGCAGGACCUCAAGGUUGCAAAGGAUGUAUCUGUGAGACUUCACCAUGAAUUGGAAAAUGUGGAAGAAAAGCGAACAACAACAGAAGAUGAAAAUGAAAAACUGAGGCAACAGCUUAUAGAAGUUGAGAUUGCAAAGCAAGCUUUACAGAAUGAACUGGAAAAAAUGAAGGAGCUAUCCUUAAAAAGAAGAGGAAGCAAAGAUUUGCCAAAAUCUGAAAAAAAGACUCAACAGACUCCCACAGAGGAGGAUAAUGAGGAUCUGAAAUGCCAGCUGCAGUUCGUGAAGGAAGAAGCUGCUUUGAUGAGAAAGAAAAUGGCCAAGAUUGAUAAAGAAAAGGACAGAUUCGAACACGAGCUUCAGAAGUACAGAUCCUUUUAUGGAGAUCUGGACAGUCCUUUGCCCAAAGGAGAAGCCGGGGGGCCUCCCAGCACCAGGGAGGCUGAGCUCAAGCUGCGGCUGAGGCUGGUGGAGGAAGAAGCCAACAUCCUGGGCAGGAAGAUCGUGGAACUGGAGGUAGAGAACAGAGGCCUGAAGGCAGAACUCGACGACCUGAGGGGGGACGACUUCAACGGCUCGGCCAACCCCCUCAUGAGGGAGCAGAGCGAAUCCCUGUCGGAGCUGCGGCAGCACCUGCAGCUGGUGGAAGACGAGACGGAGCUGCUGCGGCGGAACGUGGCCGACCUGGAGGAGCAGAACAAGCGCAUCACGGCGGAGCUCAACAAGUACAAGUACAAGUCCGGCGGCCACGAGAGCGCGCGACACCACGACAGCGCCAAGACCGAGGCCCUGCAGGAGGAGCUGAAGGCGGCACGCCUGCAGAUCAACGAGCUCAGCGGCAAGGUCAUGCAGCUGCAGUACGAGAACCGCGUGCUUAUGUCCAACAUGCAGCGCUACGACCUGGCCUCGCACCUGGGCAUCCGCGGCAGCCCCCGCGACAGCGACGCCGAGAGCGACGCGGGCAAGAAGGAGAGCGACGACGACUCGCGGCCGCCUCACCGCAAGCGCGAAGGGCCCAUCGGCGGCGAGAGCGACUCGGAGGAGGUGCGCAACAUCCGCUGCCUGACACCCACCCGCUCCUUCUACCCGGCGCCCGGGCCCUGGCCGAAGAGCUUCUCCGACAGGCAGCAGAUGAAGGACAUCCGCUCGGAGGCCGAGCGGCUGGGCAAGACCAUCGACCGGCUCAUCGCCGACACUAGCACCAUCAUCACAGAGGCGCGCAUCUACGUGGCCAACGGGGACCUGUUCGGACUGAUGGAUGAGGAGGAUGACGGCAGCCGCAUCCGCGAGCACGAGCUGCUCUACCGCAUCAACGCGCAGAUGAAAGCCUUCCGCAAGGAGCUGCAGACCUUCAUCGACCGCCUCGAGGUGCCCAAGUCUGCGGACGACCGCGGCGCCGAGGAGCCCAUAUCCGUGAGUCAGAUGUUCCAGCCUAUCAUUUUACUUAUUCUCAUUCUUGUAUUAUUUUCAUCACUUUCUUACACAACAAUAUUUAAACUUGUCUUCCUUUUUACACUAUUUUUUGUACUGUAA